AUGAGUGGUAGAUCUAUGCAUUCUGUUUUGGUUGGCCUUGUGUGCCUGGCCUUGCCUCUGCUAUUUCUUGUUCAAGUGUUGGAAGCUCCAACAACAAUUAUGUGCUUGGAGAGUGAAAGGCAGGCUCUUCUACAGUUCAAACAAGGCCUUGUGGAUGAGUCCAAUGCUCUUGCCUCUUGGAAAAGUAAGAAAGAUUGCUGCAAGUGGAGAGGAAUAGCAUGCAACAACCAAACAGGUCAUGUUACAGGUCUUAAUUUCUCCUUUAGUUAUGAUUCAUAUUUCAAUUAUAGUGAAGUUCCUUUAAGAGGUGCAAUGAGUCCUUCACUACUUGAAUUACCAUUUGUAAAUUACUUGGACCUCAGUUAUAAUGAUUUUGAAGGAAUUGUGAUUCCCAAGCUCAUUGGCUCUUUGAGUCAAUUGAAAGAACUCAAACUUGCACAUGCUAAUUUCAGUGGACUUGUUCCUCCCCAACUUGGAAACCUCUCUAAUUUGCACACUCUUGAUCUUUCCGGGAACUAUGAUGCUAUGCCAUCAUUUUCUCCUGAGCUCAGAAAGUUGUAUCUCUCGAAUAACAAGUUUUCUGAGCCGCUGUCUUGCUUCUGUGCAACGCAGGCUCCAUAUUUGGGUUUGAUUGACAUUUCUGAGAACCAACUGUCAGGAGAGCUUCCAGACUAUUGGAAGCAAUUCCAAGGAUUGGAAGCUUUGAAAUUGGAGAAAAAUAAAUUAUCUGGAAAAAUACCAAGCUCUUUAGGCAAUCUAAAGAGACUUACGUUAUUGAGUUUAAAUGCUAACAACUUUUCAGGAGAAUUGCCUUCUCUAGAGAACUGUACCAACACUACGUCAAUAAUGGCAUCAGACGACAGUUUUGGACUGUCGUCUGAUGAGGUUGGGCGCUGUUGUUAA